CCUUGCCAAAAUAUCCACAAUGAAUGAUUCAUGCUUCAUCCAGAUGACACCAUCUACUACAUUGUCAGAUGUCAUAGCUGCUACUAUCCAUGAUAUACCAGUUGAUGAUGACUCCAACAGCAGUCUAGAACAGUACCUAGACUACAGCCAAACUACUACUACUACUCAAGAUGGACCAACAUACUCAAGCUACCCAUCAACUACUCAGUCAUCAUACCAAACACCAAUCAAGGCCAAUGGAAAGCCUGCACUCACUAUACAGACACCAGGCCACUACUUCAGUCCUGCAGGAGACAGUCGUUUUAACGACUCUUUGUCAGGUCUCCUUGGUUCACCACCACCAGACAGUCCACUAGCCAGAAAUCCAUUCUUCAGUGAUCUUCAGGCAGUCCUAGCAAAUGACUGCAAGGCCAGCAACUCUCUGUCAGAAUGUCUACUCACUACCAUGACAACUCAACCACAUCAAGAUGUCUUCAUCAGAGAGCAGAGUCUUCAACUCAGAUUCAACUCACUUCAAGGGUCCUUCCCAGAGGACAUCAGACAGCUGUCUAACUUCUACCGUUACCAAGCAGCCAUUGUUGAGACAGAAAGAUUUCGUCAUGUUCAGCCAACCAACUACCCAGAUCACUACAAGAAAUCACUCAACAACCACUACGAUAGCCAACUACAUCAGAUCAUGGACCGUGUGGAGAGAAGUCUGUCACUACUUGAAGAAUCCACUCACAUGAAACCAGUAGCAUCAUCAGUGAACUGCAUCAAACAACGCCCACUUCUCUCCAAGAAAGCAGUACGUCACAUGGAAGACUGGUAUGACCAACAUCUAGAACAUCCAUAUCCUAACAACAUCGUCAUUGACCAGCUGGCAGUCAAGGGUAACAUUCAGGUAGAACAGGUCAAGAAAUGGUUUGCCAACAAACGCAACAGAAAUAACAACACCCGUACACUCACAGAGAUUGCCAGAAAGAAGCGUAAACUUGCCAUGCAGCAUUCUUGUUAA